CCGGGGUUUAUUAAUAACUGUGACUAAAUACAGAGUUGGUGCGCCCGUGAUAUAUUACAGACUCCGGUAUAUACCGGAUUAACUAAAUUUGAACAAAAAUACCUUAAAUGUAUAUAUUUUGUAACCAUGGUGAUUCUAACCCUAACCUUUAGUCAAUAUAUUAUGCACAUUAUACACUAAAUGCAUGCGGACAUGCAAAAAAAUGAGUAUUUUUGCCGUGCGUUCCAUUUGAUAAUAGCGAGCGUAGCUCGCGAGCAAUUGCGCGAAGCGCAAUUGCGAGCGCGUAGCUCGCCUUACGGCAACGUGUAGGCGAAUAUAACAAAGGUGUGCCGAAUGGGGCAAAGUGAUGUAGCUGAAAAAUUUUCCUCUCGUCUGGGCGCCGCCAUUUUGGGUGCCGCCAUUUUGUUCUACUUCCGUCAAAGUCGGGAAAAUUGUUUUUGUUUUUUUUUAAUUUUAUAUUUGAGUUACAAUCGCUAUGUUCAUUAGGUGUCUUUAUUUUUAAAAAAGUUAUGUUAUGGAAAUAAUUUCAAUUUUGCUUUUAUUUACAAAGUGUGUGUCCCUAGAGGACAGGUGCUCACAGGAAAUGCUUUGUUGGCAGUGAAUACAGAACUUCAUUUGAUUGCUUCAAAAAUAAUGCAAGAAAGAUUUCCAGUUGGUAGAAAAAAUAUGAUUUUCUUUUAAAAUAUCAAGCAUUGGCCAGAAAAUGGGAUAAAAUGUCAUAAAUAAGUAUAAAGCCAUAAGAACGCCACAAACAGGUAAUGACGUCACCGUGACACCGGCUUUCCAUAAAUUUUGCAACGUAUGUUAUUCGCUGUUACAGGUAUAAUGACACUAAAUUUUUGUUUCUUUUCAAGUGAAUAGGUUCUCGGAAUUGUUUUAAGCAGUGAAUAGUUUCUUUGCCGUUUAAGCUACGCUCGCUCAGAGGCUUUGCCUUUUUCAUAUUAAUUCCGCGCAUGCGCCGAACGGCUGCACCAACUCUGCAAUGAGAAACAUUCUUCACCGUAUGCCGUGUCGAUAGCUCACGAGACGACUAAGUCACGUGAUGACGCACAUCAACAACAAUAUGUUUCGCUAAUAGGAGGAUAACUUUAUAUUUUUGUAUAGGCUAAACGAAAUAAUAUUUUUUUCUUGUUUCUCGAAAAAGAUAAUAUAUGUACAAAAUACCGCGAGCAUAGGUUCCACCACUACAACAAAAUGGCGGCUGGGGGGAGUAUAGAUAAAGACAUAUUAUCUGAUGAAACUUUUGAUCUACUAUGUGGAGUAUGUAAACAUAAAGGGAAAAAUCGAGAAGCAGAGGAAUACUGUGUAGAAUGCCAAGAUUAUUACUGUUUGACCUGUGUCAAAGUUCAUGAGGACAUCCCUUCACUAAUCGGGCACAAGAUUCUUGGCAAAGGGAAUUUUCCAUCAGGAUCAGUCAAGACACCACCAGGAUCUAAUAAGACUCUAACAGGGGCACCAAUAGAGAGAUGUGACCGGCAUAGUCGUAACUGCAUAGACAUGUACUGUCAAAACGAUGAUGCUGUGGGCUGUGGCACUUGUAUGACAGUAGAUCACGGGUUAUGCCAAGACAUUUUCUACAUACCAGACUUUCUGAAAAACAAUACCAGUACCACUACUACAAGUGAUAUCCAGCAGAAACUAAAAUCAGUUACAAAGACCCUGACAGAGCAACAUGAAAAGUUUCAAAGUGAAAAACAAAGAUUACUAAAAUCAAGAGCCGAAACACUGGUCAGUGUGAAGAAGUUUAGAAAGGAAAUAAAUGACAGGCUAGAUGAACUAGAGAAAAACACUGUUGAUGAUAUAGAAGAUAAGUACAAAGCCCUGAUACAUGAGAUGGAAGAAGGAAUGAAACAACUGGAGAAAAACAAAGCUAAUGUUUCCUCAACUCUUGGCAAGUUGGUUCCAGCAAGCAAAAAUGCAAUACAAAACUUUGUAACUGUAAAGAAAGCAGAAACCGCUGCAAGUAAAGCUGCUAAAUCAGUACAAGAAACCAAAUUACAAACAUCCUUUAAAGAUGUUGACUUCACUGCUGAUGACAAAAUACCUUCCUUUUUAGCAGAAAUAAACGUCUUAGGCAAGAUAACAGAGAGAAUGUCAGUGGAUGCUGAAUGCAAGAGCACUGUUGCUGUUAGUAAGGAAGAGGCUUUACUUCAGGCCAAAGGAUACAAGGAAUACUCUGUUAAAGUUCAAUCAGAUGAGAAUAAAUGUGAUAUUGUCAGUGCCUGUACUCUAGAGGAUGGAAAAAUAAUACUGUCCGAUUACAAUAACAAGAAGCUGAAGCGUUUAGACAGUUCCACAUACUCUGUUAUAGACUACUGUGAUCUUCCUCAAAUACCAUGGCAAAUCUGCUCCACCAAUAAGCAAGAAGUUGCUGUAUGUUUGCCAAAUCAGAAGGAAGUUCACUUCAUUUCAAUAGGAAACAGAAUGACAGCCACAAACAAGAUAACAACAGAUUUUGGAUGUUUUGGCUUAGCCUACAACAAUGGUAAUCUGUAUAUUUCAGAUAGUAGUAAAUCAGUGUAUUUAUACAGUGUAUCAGGAAGAAAGCUGAAGCAGUUCAUUAAAGAUGAAUCAGGACAGGAACUGUUCUCUAACAUCUACAGUCUAUCUGUCAGUAAGGAUGGGUCAAAGAUUUUUGUCACCGACUGGGAUAAUGGACUGAUUAUACUGGAGAAUAGUGGAGAAGUUGUUGGAAAAUUUCAUGGAUCAGAGUUAGCUGGUGCCUGGAGUAGUUAUCUUACAGGUAGAGGAAGUCUGCUUGUGUGUGGAAGAAAUUCUAACAAUGUGCUCCAGUUUAGACUGGAUGGUAAACUGAUAGGUGAGGUUGUGAAAUCUGAUGAUGAAUCAGUGUGGCAAAAGGGCAUUUGUUGUGAUCAGCAAAUGUCAAAGAUUAUUAUUGGAAGGUCUGACGACAGAAUUAAAGUAUAUGACUUGAUAUAAUAUAAAGUAAAAUAGCUGAACUGCAUUCUGUGGAAAAGACAAAAUUUUACUAUGACUGACGUAGAAAUAUGCCAAAUAUGACUAGUACAACUUUUUGAGAAGAAAUAGUGUGCAGGUUGUUAUUCUGUGUGAGCAUUGUUAAGUGUCUGUGUAUAAAUAUGCCUAUGUCAAAUCAGUGUAUAUUUAUAACAUUGAACAAUCCCAUUAAAUUCAUAAACUGACUCUAUCAAACUGAGUCAGCUAAAUAUUUAUUUGGCUGUUUAAUAUGCUUCCAAAAGGACUCUCGCACAAAUUUUGUAGGUUUUGCAUAACAUAUUUGAAUUUGACUGAUGAUUUUUCAGUCAUUAACAAGAGCUGUCAAUAUUGGUGAUAAAUGUCCCCAAAGUUGGCCCAAGAAUGCCACAGUUGUAUUCGCAAAAAAUCACAUAUCAUUUUGUGACCUUGACCUAAGAGGCCUCGGUGAUAAGUGUGACACAUCUUCUCAAUAUGGUUAACAUUUGUGUCAAAUUAUUUUCAAGUCCCUUGAUAAAUGGCAGAGUUAAGAACCAGACAAGAAAGACCUUUGACUUCUUAGUGUGACCUUGACCUUGGAGCUAGGGGUCUGGGUCUUUCACAGACACCUCAUCUCAUUAUAGGAAACAUAUAUGCCAAGUAAUUUCAAAAUCCCUUCAUCAAUGGCAGAGUUAUGGACCGGACAAGAAACAGACCAUGUUAACCUUGGACCUCUAAGCGUGACCUUGACCUUGGAGCUAGAGGUCUGGGUCUUGCUUAUGAUACGUCAUCUCAUUAUGGUGAACAUUUAUACCAAGUAAUUUUAAAAUCCCUUAAUGAAUGGUAGAGUUGUGGACUGGACACAAAACAUAUCCUGUUAACCGUUGACUUGUAAGUGUGACCUUGACCUUGGAGCUAGGGGUCUGGGUCUUGCGCAUGAUAGGUCGUUUCAUUAUGGUAAACACUUAUGCCAAGUUCUUUCAAAAUCCCUUCAUGGAUGGCAGUUAUGGACCGUUCACGAAACAGACCAUGUUAACCUUUGACCUCUAAGGGUGACCUUGACCUUGGAGCUAGGGGUCUGGGUCUUGCCCAUAACACUUAAUCUCAUUGUGGUGAACAUUUAUGCCAAUUUAUUUCAAAAUCCCUUUAUGGGUGGAAGAGUUACAGCCCAGACAAGAAUUUACCAGACGCACGGGGGCAUAAAAACAAAACCAAAUCACACAGUUUCACAUAAACUUAUUAUCCCCCGACGAAAGUCGGAGGGAUAUAGUUUUGGCGUUGUUCGUCCAUCCGUCUUUCCGUCCGUCCUUCCCUCUUUCCGUCCGUCCGGAGCCAUAUCUAGGAAAUGGUUGGGAAUAUUUAUUUAAAACUUCAUAUACGUGUUCACCACUAUGAGUUCUUGCGGCCCGUCAAGUUUUAUUCAGAUUGCCCAAGUAACACCAGAGUUAUGGCCCUUAGAAGUUUCUAGUGUUAACUAUAUAGGGUACUAUAAAUAUGGCAAUUUCUGCAUCAUAACUUUUGAUAUAUUUGACCUAGAACUAUGAAACUUAAACAGAAUUUAGAUCACCAUAAUGUGGUUGUGUACACACAAUUUCAUUCGGAUUUAUUUGUAAAUUAAGAGUUAUUGCCCUUUAAUUGUAUAAAAAUCCACAUAUUUGUACAUAACAAACUUACCAUUUUGUAGAAUUUCAUUAAAUUUCUUUCAUUCUUUUCCAUGAACAUUUAUUGUAAACAUGUGAAGUUGUGUACCCACACCUGGUCACCCCCUUACCUUGAUCACACACCUAUCCCCUGACACCCCCCCCCCCCCCCCCCCCAAAAAAAAAAAUCAUUCCUUAUUUUAGAUUAUUUUCAAACAAACUUCAUAUACAUGUUCACCAGUAUGAGGUUACGGGGCCCAUCAAGUUUUCAGACAGAUUGCCCAAGUAACACCAGAGUUAUGGCCCUUAGAAGUUUCUAGUGUUAACUAUAUAGGGUACUAUAGAUCUAUAGAUAUAGCAAUUUCUGCAUCAUAACUUUUGAUAUAUUUGACCUAGAACUAUGAAACUUUAACAGAAUUUAGAGCACUAUAAUGUGGUUGUGCACAGACAAUUUUGUACGGAUUUCUUUUGUAACUUCAGAGUUAUUGCCCUUUAAUUGUCUAAAAAUCCACAUAUUUGUACAUAACAAACUUACCAUUUGGCAGAAUUUCAUUAAAUUUCUUUCAUUCUUUUCUGUGAACAUUUAUUAUAAACAUGUGAAGUUGCGUACCCACACCUGGUCACCCACUUGCCUUGGUCACACCCCCUCCCCCUCCCAACCCCCCUCUCCCCCCAAAAACAAAAAAAAUAAUUUUUUUUUUCAUUUCUUAUUUUAGAUUUUUUUUCAAACCUUCCAAGUUGUACCAUUCCCCCACCUCACUUCUCCACCCAGUCAUGCCCACCACUGAUCAUGCAUCCUCUGCCCCCCCCCCCCCCCCCCCCCCCACAACUUCACCCUUUUACCCUUUUUUUUUUUCAUUUUUAAUUUUCAAUCAAUAUUUAUAAUCAAUAUGUGAAAUUUUGUUUCCUCUCCCGUUCCCCUGCACCCCCAACCCUAAAAAAUAAAUAUAUACAUAUAUCUAUAUAUAUACAUAUAUAUAUUUCCAUUCCUUUUUUUUUUUAAAUGUUCAAACCUUCAGCAUGUUAAGUUGUGACUGCACAAACCUUGCCCUCAGCCAUGUUCAAGAUAUCUUACCUGUGUUCUCUUGAGGACAUCUGUUCUUUUAAGUUCAAAUGUACAUGUUUAACAGCAACACCUGGUGCCAAACCACUCAAAGACAAUAUUUCGUUCCAGUUAAACUUCAAGCUCACAUUUCAAUUAACUGCAUUUAAUUUUAAAAUCUAAGCUUAUUACAGUAACUUACUGUAAGCAUAUCCCAUUCGAAAUAAAUUCUUUAGUCAGGAUCAGAGUAUCAUACAUUUAUUAUGUACUCUUUAAUUAAACAUCUGUUUUCUGUUAAAUUGAUUUUGACUAAUGAAAUUAUUUGCUUCAUAUUAACAUCCUUAACUUUUUGCUGGAUAUAUCUUUUUGCCAUUCCUCACCACAAAUCCUUUUGGCUGGGGAUACCAAUUCAUCGAAUUUGCUUGUUUGAUUUCUUUUUAGCAGCUUUCAUUUAACAUUAGCCAUUUCAGAAAAUAUCAGACAAAAAAACAAAUGAAUGAAGAACAAAGUUCCCUCCUGGAAAGUGACUGUAAUUAUCUAAACUACAGCACAACCUGUCAAUAGUAUAUGUACAAUAUUGUAUAAUAUAUAUGGUAUGUUAUAACACACGUUUGGAUUAAAAUUUUGCAUAUAAUAAACCUGUAAUUGUUGAUUGCCUAUAACAUCUAUAAAAUUAAUACAAAAUUAGAUGUGUGUCCAUAGAACAUGGGUGUCCCCCACUCCUGCCACUGUUACAAGGUUUAAUGACUCAGGUUAAACAAUUUUUAAGAUGUUUGCAACACAAACUUUUAAGAACCUUAUGUGUAUUUUUCACUUAGUUGGCCAUUUUAGGUCAAGUACAUUUUAACAUACAUGUUUCGCAAACUUUUUUUUUUUUGAGUAAGUCUGGACAAGAAGUCUGGUCAUGUGUAGUGAAGUAAUGACUGUAGGUAAAAUAUUUUCGGAGCUACGCGUGACAAAACAUUAAAAUUUUUUCCUAGGUCAGGGGCCAUAACUCCUACAAUACUGAAUGAAUCGGGACGCGAAACACCAGGUGCACAACUGCACAUGCUGACCGACAUUCCUGUAAACUUUGGUGAUUCUAGGUCAAAUACUUUUGGAGCUAUGUGCGACACAACAUUAAAAUGACCAAUUUUUAACUAAGUCAGGGGCCAUAACUCCUACACGACUGAAUGAAUCCGUAUGUGAAACCCCAGGUGCACAACUACAAAUGCAGACCAACAUUCCUGUAAAGUUUUGUGACUCUACGUCAAAUACUUUUGGAGCUAGACAUAACAUUCUCGGACAGAUGGACGGACGUACAAUUUAUAUGCCCCCACCGUUCAUGGGGUGAGGGGGUGGGGGGGGCACAAAAACAAGGCUACCACCUGAAAGGGUCUUGCAAAGAAGCUUUGAAUCCUGAAAUAGGUGCAAAAUGAGUUUUAAAACCAUCUUCCAAAGUUUCAAAGCUGUAUUUUUAACAAUUUUUUAAAAUAUUGUCAUGUUUGUGAAUUUUCAAAGGCAUCUAAAAAAUGCUAAUUUCUUCAAGGUCAAGGUCACUUGUGGGCCAGGACUAACCAUUGGGGUGUAAAAUAAGUUUUUGAACCAUGCUACAGAUUCAAAACAAUAUACGUAACAGUUUUUGAGAAUUUUUUAUUUUGUGAUUUUUGAAGGUGUCAAAAAAAUCUAAAACUCUAUUUUUUUUUUGGGGGGGGGGGGGGGGGGGGGGGGAGUCAGGACUUACCAUGAGGAUGUAAAGGGAGUUUCUGAACCAUCCUACAAGGUUCUAAAGCAAUACAUAUAACAAUUUUUGAGAAUUUGUCUUUGGCUGUACUUUUCUGAACCGUCCGCCCGUUUUUAGCUCACCUGUCACAUAGUGACAAGGUGAGUUUUUGUGAUCACCCUUUGUCCGUCGUCCGUCCGUCCGUGCGUCAACAAUUUCUUGUCUGCACGAUAGUGGUUUCAUUUAUGAUUUUAUUUUAACCAAACUUGCACACAACUUGUAUCACCAUAAGAUCACGGUUCCUUUCUUGAACUGGCCAGAUUCCAUUAUGGGUUCCAGAGUUAUGUCCCCUGAAAGGGCCAAAAUUAGCUAUUUUGACCUUGUCUGCACAAUAGCAGCUUUAUUUACGAUUUGAUUUUUACCGAACUGGCACACAACUUGUAUCACCAUAAGAUCUUGGUUCCUUUCUUCAACUGGCCAGAUUCCAUUAUGGGUUCCAGAGUUAUGGCCCCUGAAGGGGUCAAAAUUAGCUAUUUUGACCUUGUCUGCACAAUAGCAGCUUCAUUUAUGAUUUUAUUUUAACCAAACUUGCACACAACUUGUAUCACCAUAAGAUCUUGGUUCCUUUCUUGAACUGGCGAGAUUCCUUUAUGGGUUCCAGAGUUAUGGCCCCUGAAAGGGCCAAAAUUGGCUAUUUUGACCUUGUCUGCACAAUAGCAGCUUCAUUUAUGAUUUGAUUUUAACCAAACUUGCACACAACUUGUAUCACCACAAGAUCUUGAUUCCUUUCUUGAACUGGCCAGAUUCCAUCAUGGGUUCCAGAGUUAUGGCCCCUUAAAGGUCCAAAAUUGGCUAUUUUGGCUUUUGCAGCCAUAUCGAGACUUCAUUUAUGGUUUUAUUUGAUACAAACUUCCAAAAUAUCUUCAACAAAAAUAAAUCUUGGAUUCCAUGACAAAUCGGAUCCAAUCGUAUUUUAUAUCUGAUUACCUCCCCUGAUUGUAUUCAACAUGGAUUUAUAUCAGUAAGUACUUAUAGGACUUUAUUUGAAAUUUCAUUAUUGUUAUUAGUUGGACUGAGACAAUAAGGGUAGAUAACUAUGGACUGAUUUUAUGUCAAAUUACCUCCCUUUAUUUCAAAUUAAAAUGGGUAUAUCUCCGUAACUAAUGAAGAUACUGAUCUGAAAUUGCAUUUAUGUCAACAGAUUUAUUUGGCAGAUCCUUCUUUUGUUCGCUUACAAUAUUAUUUUUUCUUAAUUACUUCCCUUUUACGUUACUAUAAAUAGCUUAUUUUUAGUAACUUUUUUAUUAUUGGCCGUAGGGAAAAACCGAGACCACUUUUCUGUGGUGCAACAUGGCUGGUACCUCCAAUUUUUAGGUGUUUUUUGACAUAUCUAUACCUUGUAAGAAUUUUUUUAUGCCCCCGAAGGGAGGCAUAUAGUUUUUGAACAGUCCGUCGGUCUGUCAGUCUGUCCGCAAUUUUCGUGUCCGGUCCAUAUCUUUGUAAUCCAUGGAUGAAUUUUCAAAUAACUUGGCAUGAAUGUGUACCACAGUAAGACGACCUGUCAUGUGCAAGACCCAGGUCCGUAGCUCAAAGGUCAAGGUCACACUUAGACGUUAAAGGUCAUUUUUCAUGAUAGUGCAUUCGUGUCCGGUCCAUAUCUUUGAAAUAAUCAUUCAUGCAUGGAUUUUAAAAUUAUUAUUUGGCAUGAAUGUGUACCACAGUAAGACGACGUGUCACGCGCAAGACCCAGGUCCGUAGGUCAAAGGUCCUAAACUCUUAACAUCGGCCAUAACUAUUCAUUCAAAGUGCCAUCGGGGGCAUGUGUCAUCCUAUGGAGAGAGCUCUUGUUUCUUUUUGGUUAAAUUUCUUCCCUUUGUUGUUUCUGUUCUUUGGACUUAGAUAUUUUUUCUGAGGACCUUCUUGUCCUCAAGUGCAAUGAUAACAGGUGAGCGAUAUAGGGUCAUCAUGGCCCUCUUGUUAAUGUUUCCUGCUGGAUCAAUUUCACAAUUGUUCUGGUUGAAACAUAUUACUACUAUUAAUUAUAUUUACUAAAGGAUUCUAUACUUUUCUCCUAUGACUUAAUUUUCAUUAACCUUACAAGACGGUGCCCUAGUGUAUAUAUGUAUAUUUUUAUUUCUAUAUCAGUCUAUAUAGACUUUGACGUCAUCUACGAGUCUACUUUAGUAACGUCAUCAAGUUAUGAUUUUGCUUCGGUUGGCCGAAUGGGAGAUACACUGAAAUUAAUAAUGUUUUAGUAAAUAAAUUCUGUAAAUCUUUUGCCUACUUUUAAGCAUUAUUUUUACCUUAUUCUGGUUCAUUCUACACCCUUGAAUUAUUUCUACUUUUUUACUCGAAAUUGUUUUUUUUGUUUUCAGGUUAUUGUCAAGAAAAUGUUGUUCAACCAGAA